GAUCUGAGGGUGCAGGUGGAGGUUUAUAGUGGUGUCAGUCCCUACCUACAGAAAUGUUGUCGCUGACUGCUAGUUUAGGUCAUGGCACAUCCAGUGUAUCAGAAGCCCUUUCCCCCUUCUGCUCCACCUGUGGUUGGAAAGGUGACCCACCACAGCAUAGAGCUGAGCUGGAGCAGGGAGUGGGGAGAACCCCGGACCGGCCCCCCCGAACACUGGAUCCGCUACCGUGUGGAGGAGCAGGACCCUAAAACACACACCUACAGCACCAUCUACAUAGGAUACAGCCGGCACUACAUUGUUGAAGGCCUGGCUUCCAGCACCUCUUAUAAGUUCCGUCUGCGAGUGACAUCACCAUCCGGCCAGAGCAGCCUCAGUACACCCGUGUGUGUCAGCACCGCACGUGAGCCAAUAAGUGGUAGGAAUCUUCAUCAGGCUGUGAACAUGAAUGAUGUGGAGGAGUUGAGCAAAAUUCUCCAGUCAGGGACGGUGGAUGUCAAUGUGUGUGAUAAACUCGGCUUCACUCCUCUCAUGGUUGCUGCUCAGAAGGGCUACGCAAGGUUGGUUCACAUGCUGGUGGAACAUGGAGCUGAUGUACGGAUGAAGAAUAGCAGUGGAAAGGACAGUCUGAUGCUGGCGUGCUUUGCGGGGUACGUGGACGUGGUGCGGUACCUGCGUGGCUUUGUGGGGGGGUGGGGGGGCCGAGAUGGGGGGGGCUGCAGCCCUCUGCACUGGGCAGCAGACGGAGGAAGCCUGCAGCUCGUCACAUACAUGAUACAGGAUGGGUGCCAGCUGGACGUGAGGGACAGCUCGUUGUGGACGCCCCUCAUGCGUGUGUGUGCGGUGAGUGGAAAUGCUGCUGUGGCGUCGCUUCUCAUCAAGGCUGGAGCCGAUGUGAACGUCAGAGACAAGGACGGCAAGACACCACUCAUGGUUGCUGUCCUGAACAAUCAUGAAGAGCUGGUGAAGCUGCUUCUGGAUGGUGGGGCAGAUUAUCAUGUCAAGAACGAGUUUGGAUCCGGAGCAGCAGAGAUGGCGAAAGCAUUUGGAAGAGAGAAUAUUCUAAGCCUGUUGGAAGGAAGGAGGAUAUUGUGAUCUGGAGCAUCUUUCAAACCAGCCCAGCAUCAUCAGCCCAGCAUUGCACCAACAUCACCCCAGCUUCAUCAGACUGGAGCAGUAUCUCACAGACACCUUGCACAAACACCAAAUCCAAAUUGCACAAACUCCAAAUUGUGUUUGUCUCCUAUAAUCUUUAUGUGAAACAGUUAUAUUAUCACAGAGCUGUCAUAUACAACCAUUUUUCAAAUAAACUCAUGAUAAAGGGUAUUUUUAAGAAGCUCUUGGGUCCAAAACAAUAAGAUUUUCUCAAGGCGCUUUACUGAGCCCACUGCCUGAACCCCUGACUAUAAAUGGGAAAGCAUUU